AGGAAGGUAAUAUCAUUUUUUCUCAUUCAGAUUGUAGCAGGAGAUAUCAUCAAGAUGGAAAAUAAGACUGAAAAGGAGAAGGUUGAAAAAAUGCCCAUUGAUGAAAUGACAUCAAAGGACUACUAUUUUGACUCGUAUGCUCACUUUGGCAUCCAUGAAGAAAUGUUGAAGGAUGAAGUUCGAACGCUUACUUACCGAAAUGCAAUGUACCACAACAGACAUUUGUUUAAAGGCAAGACUGUUCUUGAUGUUGGAUGCGGUACAGGCAUUCUGUCCAUGUUUGCUGCGAAGGCUGGUGCUGCCAAAGUUUAUGGGAUUGAAAUGUCAAAUAUUGUAGAACAUGCUAAGAAAAUUGUAACUGCUAAUAAUCUUGAUAAUGUCGUGGAAAUAAUUCAGGGCAAAGUAGAAGAAGUAACUUGCCAGUAGAGGAAAGUGGAUAUAAUCAUCAGUGAGUGGAUGGGCUACUGCCUCUUUUAUGAGUCAAUGUUA